GAUUGCCAAGUUGGGCAGACAUGGAGGGAACAGUGCUGCUUGCCUUUGCUCUCUGCACCUUUGUUGCUUUCCAAUCUACCACAGCUAGAGGUAUUAAUAAUGAAGCUGUAACCAACAGUGAGGCGGAUUGCCACACUAACCCUGACCAUCCAAACUGCCAGCCGACCCCAACCAACACGCCUGCAGACCGAGCAGGACUUCAGAAAGGAGUUGGCUUGUACGAUGCAAUUCGAUUGAGAUCUCGUCGCUGUCCCCACAACAGGUCAUUCUACGCAGGCCAGAAACGUGGGAUGUACCAAGGAUCUCCUAAUGGCAAAGGCACAUCCAUGUAUUACAGUCCCUCACCACAGGCUAGUGGUUGGGAAUGGCUCUUUGGCAAAGGCUAUGGUACUUAUGGCAAUGGCCUUGGAGGGAAGGGUGGUGGCUAUGGCCAGAAUGGCAAUGGUCAGGGUUCAAACAACAAUGGGAAUGGACAAAGUGGAAAUGGCCAAGGGUUAAAUGGCAAUGGAGAUGGCCAGAAUGGCAAUGGCCAAGGGUUAAAUAGCAAUGGGAACAGCCAGAAUGGCAAUGGCCAAGGGUUAAAUAGCAAUGGGAACAGCCAGAAUGGCAAUGGCCAAGGGUUAAAUAGCAAUGGGAACAGCCAGAAUGGCAAUGGCCAAGGGUCAAGUGCCAAUGGUUAUGAUGAGGAUCAAGAUGAGGAUAAUGAGGGAGAAAUCAACAAUGAUAAUGAAGAAGAUGAGGACAUUGAAGACUCAAAUACUAAUGGUCAAGGCUCAAAUGGUCAAGGAUCAAACAGCAAUUCAUUUGGCCAAGGAGGGACUGGGCAAGGUUCAAACUCCAAUGGGUUUGGCCAAGAUGCCAAUGGUCAAGAGUCAAAUUCCUAUGGAUAUGGCCAAGGGUGGAAUGGCCAAGGGUCAAACAACAAUGGGUUUGGCCAGGGAGGUAAUAACCAAGGGUCAAACAGCAAUGGGUUUGGCCAAGGGUGGAAUGGCCAAGGGUCAAACAACAAUGGGUUUGGCCAAGGGUGGAAUGGCCAAGGGUCAAACAACAAUGGGUUUGGCCAAGGAGGUAAUAACCAAGGAUCAAACAGCAAUGGGUAUGGCCAAGAAUCUAAGGGCCAAGGGUCGUACUCCAAUGGAUUUAAUGGCCAAGGGUGGAAUGGCCAAGGGACAAACAACAAUGGGUUUGGCCAAGGAGGUAAAAACCAAGGGUCAUACUCAAAUGGGUAUGGCCAAGAAGGCAAUGGCCAAGGGUCGUACUCCCAUGGGUUUGGCCAAGGAGGUAAUAACCAAGGGUCGUACUCCAAUGGAUUUAAUGGCCAAGGGUGGAAUGGCCAAGGGACAAACACCAAUGGGUAUGGCCAAGCCGGUAAUAAUCAAGGGUCAUACUCCAAUGGGUUUGGCCAAGAAGGAAGUGGUCAAGGAUCAUACUCCAAUGGGUAUAGCCAAGGGGGGACUGGGCAAGGGUCAAACUCUAAAGGGUAUGGUCAAGGUGGUAAUGGCCAGUGGUCUAACUCCAAUGGGUAUGGGCAACAUGGAAAUGGUCAAGGAUCCAACAACAAUGGAUAUGAUCAGCUUGGAAAUAUUCAGGGGUCAAACAGCAAUGUCAAAGGGGAUAGUGGCCAAGGGUCAAACUCCAGCAGCUACAGCCAGGGUGGGAAUGACCAAGGGUCAAACAGCGAUGGGCAAGGCCUGAGUGGAAAUGGCAAUGGAAUGAAUAACAAUGCGUUAGGUGCGCAGAGCAAUCUACAAGAGGGAAGCUCUAAUCCUGCUACGGAGCUAGUGAAGAGGCAAUUUCGGAAAAGGGAGGUUCCUUCUGAAUCAGUCUAUACCUCAGGCAUUAGGAAGUUGUAUUCCCACAGAUUCCACCCAAUGUACAGGUACAGCCUGAUACGCAGACCAACUAAGGAACCAUAAAAUAAUCCCAUUCAUCCCUGACCACCUCCUUGUAUGGAGGCACUUGUAUUUUGCCCGUUACAUAAUGGUAAACGCAACUUUUAUGUUGUCAUCUUCACUGGUAAUUAAACAAGGAAAUUCUCCACGUCACGGGCAUCUCCUCUGGUAUCCCGGUGCAGGGAACUAUUAUAACAAAGCAAACUAUACUACAACAAAUCCCCGGCCUUGCUGAUCAUUGAAGAGGUUCCAAGUGGUCAGUUGACUGAUUUGUUCUGCUUAGAGCAGCUCAGGCAACUUCUAACCCCCAUGUCUUCUCUCAUUCCAUUAUCUACAAUGUCAUGUAAUGGCCGAAGGUGAUUAUUGACCACGUUUAUUAUUUGAAGACCUUCACUGUACUUUGAACAUAAUGUCAAUAAAACUUUCUAGAAUUGCAA